AAUCACUCUUCCAAACUAGAUAAUCUCUAUUGAACUCCCAAAAUCUCCGAUCUCUCUCUCUCUCUCUCAGCUUUGAACUGAGAAGAGAGAAAACAUGGCAGGAACAAGUACCUUUGUGAUCAGAUGGAUCAACUUUCUCACUAUGCUAUUAGCUGUAGCUGUAAUUUGUUUCGGGGUAUGGAUGAGCACUCACCAUGAUGGUUGUCGAAAAUCCCUCACUCUCCCUGUUCUAGGCCUUGGUGCCUUAAUCCUUCUCGUAUCUAUAAUUGGUUUUUUGGGCGCAUUGAAGGACGUCUCCAUUUUGUUAUGGAUGUAUUUGGUGAUGUUAUGCUUGAUCUUGGUGGCAAUUCUGGUAUUCACUGUUCUAGCGUUCAUCAUAACAAACAAUGGAUCUGGGCAUACAGUGGCUGGUCUGAGGUACAAGGAAUAUCAACUUCGAGAUUACAGUUCCUGGUUUAUAAAAGAAUUGAACAACACCCGGAACUGGAAACAAUUGAAGAGUUGUCUUGUGAAAUCUGAAGACUGCAAUAAUCUGCCCAAGAAAUAUAAGACCCUUAAACGGUAUAAAAUGGCAGAACUUACGCCCAUAGAGGCUGGUUGCUGUCGACCACCAUCGGAGUGUGGCUAUCCUGCUGUAAAUGCUUCAUACUAUGACUUGAGUUUCCACCCCGUCAGUUCUAACGAGGACUGCAAACUUUACAAAAAUGCGAGAGCUAUCAAGUGCUACAAUUGUGAUUCUUGCAAGGCUGGGGUUGCACAAUACAUGAAAAAAGAAUGGAGAGUGGUUGCAAUCUUUAAUUUGGUUCUGUUUGUUGUUUUGUCAAUGGUCUACUUUGUGGGAUGCUGUGCAAGAAGAAAUGCCGGCGGGAGCCGUUCAUCCAAAAGUUGAAAUGACCCCCCCCCCCCCC